UUUAUUGCUUUUUCUCCUCCCCCUCCCCCCUUUUAACAGAACAACUGUUAAUAAAAAUGGAAUUUACCAGUUUGAACAGGCUUCAAAAUGUAAGGCAAUUCAGGACAACAUUUUGUCAUCAUCUAUCAAGAAGAAAAGAUACUCAGAAGAUUAUUAUCUUCACAUUGUCACAAAACUGCAGAACUGCACCUGGGUAAGGAGACCAGAAGAAUCUAAAAAAUUCAGGUCAGAAUUAGCCUCCUGUUGUGAUGCAGUUCACAAUUUUAUUGCUUCUCAAAAGAACAGCCCACUGGGAAGUAACAUGAGUUAUGAAGUGGACAGUAAAAAGACCAUCCUCAUUACAGAGGACAUUUUUAAGAUGCUACCUGUGUCCUCUCCUCUUUCAGCCUAUCCCUUCAAGACCUGUGCUGUGGUUGGAAAUGGAGGCAUUCUGAAAAACUCCAGCUGCGGAGCUGAAAUCGAUAGUUCUGACUUUGUGUUCAGGUGCAACCUCCCUCCAACCAUGGGAAGCAUUAGCAAAGAUGUUGGCAGUAAAACAAACCUUGUGACUGUUAAUCCGAGUAUCAUAGCUCAAAAAUAUAACAAGCUAAAUGAAAAGAAGACAGAAUUUCUGGAAAAUAUUGCGGUCUAUGGAGAUGCUUUUCUUUUAUUGCCAGCAUUUUCCUUCAGAAGCAACACAGCCACUUCUUUUAAAGUCUAUCACACUCUGAAAGAGUUCAAAGCAAACCAAAGGGCAAUAUUUUUUCACCCCACUUAUCUGAAAAGUCUUGCCCAGUUCUGGAGAACUAAGGGUGUGAAAGCCUACCGGUUGUCAUCUGGUUUUAUGAUCACUAGUGCUGCUCUUGAGCUGUGUGAGCAUGUGAAGCUCUAUGGCUUCUGGCCUUUUUCAAAAUCGACAGAGAAGAUGCCAAUCAGCCACCACUAUUAUGACAAUCAGCUGCCUAAACCAGGUUUCCAUGCAAUGCCCAAAGAAUACAACCAGAUCCUUCAGCUUCAUGGCAAAGGAAUUUUGAAGUUGCAGUUCGGUAAAUGUGAAUCAGACUAA